CGCCACAGGCGACGCACGUAACCGCCGCGGCCCGCGAGUGCGCGUGUGUGAACUUAUAACAAGCUUAUAUCUGUACCCAUAGCUACGGACAGUACAGUCAAGGUCAACAUUCAACUAUUUGACACCUGUUGUGUAUACAAGUACUAUCGCACUAUAAACAACCAUUCAACAGAGGCGAUUGGACAGAAAUGUGUUUCAAUAAACGCCUGAUCAAGCUCGCCGACUACUUCCGAUUACAGUCUAAUAUGACUCGUUAAAGAGCCACCGAUAAAAAAGACAGUCGACAUGACAUGCAAUACCAAAAUCGUAAUCACGAAGCUAAUAGUAUGCUUCCUCUUGUCCGGCGUAAGAGGAAGAUCAUGGGCCAGCCACCAUGAUACUACCACCUCCACUACUCAAACUACACCCACCACUACUCCCGCUCCAAAGAACUUCCACAAUGAUCCGCUUGUCGUCGAAACUAAGAGCGGGCUCGUUAAAGGUUAUGCCAAAACAGUCAUGGGUCGCGAGGUACAUAUAUUCACCGGUAUACCAUUCGCAAAACCGCCUCUAGGUCCACUUAGAUUUCGGAAACCGGUCCCAAUCGAACCAUGGCACGGAGUUCUAGAUGCCACCGCUAUGCCCAAUAGCUGCUAUCAAGAACGAUAUGAAUAUUUUCCAGGAUUUGAAGGCGAAGAAAUGUGGAAUCCUAACACCAAUAUAUCAGAGGAUUGUUUGUAUUUGAAUAUUUGGGUGCCUCAACAUUUACGAGUGCGCCAUCAUCAAGAUAAGCCUCUGGCUGAGAGGCCGAAAGUGCCGAUACUAGUGUGGAUUUACGGUGGAGGGUACAUGAGUGGGACAGCAACCCUUGAUUUAUAUAAAGCUGAUAUUAUGGCGUCAUCAAGUGACGUUAUAGUGGCUUCAAUGCAAUACAGGGUGGGAGCAUUUGGAUUUUUAUACUUGAAUAAAUUCUUUUCGCCGGGCAGCGAAGAGGCGCCAGGUAACAUGGGACUUUGGGAUCAACAAAUGGCAAUACGUUGGAUAAAAGACAACGCACGGGUAUUUGGUGGAGACCCUGAGUUGAUUACACUGUUUGGGGAGUCUGCUGGUGGAGGAAGCGUGAGUUUGCAUAUGCUUUCGCCAGAAAUGAAGGGGUUAUUCAAGAGGGGUAUUUUACAGUCGGGAACUUUAAACGCUCCUUGGAGUUGGAUGACAGGAGAACGCGCUCAAGACAUAGGGAAGGUGUUAGUUGACGACUGCAACUGUAACAGCAGUCUUCUGGCCGCGGAUCCGAGCCUUGUGAUGGAUUGCAUGAGAGGAGUAGACGCUAAAACGAUUUCCGUGCAACAAUGGAAUUCAUAUACGGGAAUAUUAGGAUUUCCGUCAGCUCCGACUGUCGACGGCGUGUUUUUGCCAAAAGACCCUGACACUAUGAUGAAGGAAGGUAGCUUCCACAACACUGAAGUGCUUCUCGGAAGUAAUCAAGAUGAAGGGACAUAUUUCUUGCUAUACGACUUCUUGGAUUAUUUCGAAAAGGACGGACCGAGUUUUCUACAGAGAGAAAAGUUUUUAGAAAUCAUCAACACGAUUUUCAAGGACUUCUCUAAUAUCAAAAAAGAAGCAAUAAUAUUUCAAUACACUGACUGGGAGGAGAUCACCGACGGUUACCUGAACCAAAAGAUGAUAGCUGACAUCGUGAGCGAUUACUUUUUCGUCUGCCCUACCAACUAUUUCGCGGAGAUUCUGGCUGACUCCGGCGUUGACGUCUAUUACUACUAUUUUACACACCGCACAAGCACAAGCCUCUGGGGCGAGUGGAUGGGCGUGAUGCACGGAGACGAGAUGGAGUACGUGUUUGGACACCCGCUCAACAUGUCUCUCCAGUACCACACGAGGGAGCGAGACUUGGCCGCUCACAUCAUGCAGUCUUUCACUCGAUUUGCUCUUACUGGCAAACCCCACAAGCCCGAGGAAAAAUGGCCGCUGUACUCUCGCGCAUCGCCCCAUUACUACACGUACACUGCGGACGGGCCCAGCGGGCCGGCGGGGCCCCGCGGCCCGCGCGCCAGCGCCUGCGCAUUCUGGAACGAUUUCCUCAACAGGCUCAACGCACUGGAGCGUGUCCCCUGCGACGGGGCAGUGACUGGGCCCUACAGCAGUGUAGCCGGCACUACUCUCCCAGUGGUCCUUCUCACGGCGCUCGCCACCACUGCUGCCCUCUAAACAUGUAACUAGUGUACAAGUCCGAGGAAAAUGUGCUUCAAACAAGUGUUUUAGGAAACGGUAUGUGAAGUGGAUAUGAUAUUAGACAUGGUGAUCAAACGUAUUUCUGAUGGAGAUUGGAUAAUUGGAUAUUUUAUAGCAUUUUGGAUAUUUGGAAUGACUGGCAAACGGAACUGAUUCUUAUAGCUUAAGGUAGAAAACGUAUGCACUGGUUUUAAAUCAAGUUAAUUUCCGUAGAUAGUAUAAUUUCCAUUAAUAGUAACGUUAUAAUUUAGGUAGGCACACAAUGUUCCUUGUCUAGUUGUUUCGUCUGUUUGAUGUUGCAAAAAUUUUAUUUUAAUCGUAAUUAAUAAUGUUAAAAUAUUAAAAGUUUUAAUGUUUGAUGUUAGGGCAAACAUGUAUGAAAAUGUUAUUCGUAAUUUUAAUAUUAUGAAGUAAACUGCUGAUGGGAGUCUGAUGUGUGUUUUCGCGUUUCUAACACCACAGUAUGAAAUAAAAAGAGGACAUGAAUAUAGCGCUUAUAUAAUAUUAAAAUUACGAACAGCAUACAUGGGCUCAGGUUUUUUUGAUGAAGAAAUUUUAGUCUUUAGAAUUUAUGUGUGUUAAAAUAAGUACGUACUGUUAAUUAGGAAAUCUGUUGUAUUUAGUUAAAAUGCUUUGAUUGUAAAAGCAAUGCUUUCACUGAACAUUGGAUUGUCACUAUACAUAUCAAGUGUGCCUCUGCUUCAAUAGCAUAAUAAAACAUAUCUUUAUUCUAGUGAAAUUUAGAAUUUUAUAUAAAUAUAUGAAUAUAUUGUAAAAGUAGAGCGUAUACUAUGCGACGAAUUUUUGUUGAGGUAUUUAUUAUUAAUAUAUAUAGGAUGCUACUAAAUGCGUACCACUCGAGGAUCUUAUGAACUUCAAAUUCUUAUGACUUCAAACAGAUGAUAGAGUAUUUUGUAAAUAAUACCUUUUUAUGAAUAAAUGCAAAGUUAUUGUUACCUACUUACUAACGUAAUAUAUAAUAAUAUAUGAAAACGUAGAGAUAUCUUUUAAUUUGGAGCACGUAUAACUUACCUUCGUUUAUAGGUGGGAACCUCUAUUUUCUUUAAACUCUUUACCAAAAUACCUACUAAUUUAAACUAUAAAUACAAUAAUGUUAUGUACGUUUUAAUAUAUAAAUCUAGAUAAACAUGAAAGUUAUCCACUUUUACAUAGAAAAUAACCAGAUAUUUCAGUGUAACCUCAUGCUUAUACUAUGAGCCAUACAGUUUUAAGAAAUUCCCUUCUGAGCCUGAACUAUGCAAAAUAUGUGUAAACUGUAGCUUAUAAAUGCUUUAAGUGAAAAUCGUCUUAUGAAUUUAUAUUACGAUUUAUAUAUUUUUAAACAUGAAAUUUGUACCUACUAAUUCGAUAGGCAUAAUAAACGUAUUGGUAUUAGAUGUGAUCGUCAAUUACUAUCGAGAUGUGGGCAUGGAAUAUGUGAGGAAACAGAAGGUAUGCUUAAUACUUGUACAAAAAUUCGGGAAACAAUAUAGUAGGUUUGUCCCUUGCAUAUCUAUUCUACAACAGUUACGUGUAUGAAAUAAGUAAAUGACAUAAUAAAUUGAGAUAUUUCAAGCUCGCCACUGAUUUAUAAAACACAUGUUUUGUAAUCAAAACGAAUAAAACAAAGUUUAGUUACGAUAAUAUUAUCCAAAAUAUUCACAACACAAAAACUACUUCAUUGCUGCAAGUGUAACAUUACGUAAUUUACAUAUUACGAAAUCUUAUCCAAUGAUAUUAGCAGUCAUCAGUUUUAUAACUACAGAAAACUCGAAAAAAAAAUCGAAAUAUAUGUAUGAAUCUUUCAACGUCCUCUAUUUUCUAUUUUUUAUAAUUAAAGUAGUCUGAUUGUUAUAAGCAAUUCCACUUUUUGGACACGUCCAUUCCUUCAAUUGCAUAUAUUAUUGUAUUGUAGUUUACCGGUUCCGGUAUCGCACUUCUAUCAGCAAUUCUUUAUAUUAAGUGUUUCAGUGCUUUAACUGUUAGGUUUAGCCUAUUUUUUAAUUUAGCAGCAUAUAUAAAAUGUACUAUAAACUUCUGAUUCGGGAUUUCUUUACAAAACCUUAACUGAAUACUCUUCGAAUAAUAAUAACUUUUGGCAAAAUGCGUGAAAAUGUUGUCUCAAAUGCAAAAUAUUAUAGAAUGUCAAUCAUUAAAAAAGUAACAUAGAAAAUCUGAUAAAAAAUAAGGGCAGCAUUGAUUAGCGAAUAACUGAUGUUCCAAUUAACAUGUCACUUGAAGGACCGCUAUUUUUUAAUAUAAAUCGUCUUGAUAUCCACGUUUACCUAAUAUUUUGCAAAAUCGUAAGUACCUUGUUAGGUGUUCCUUAUUUUACUUUUAUUCGUAUUUCACUGUGUUCAUGAUCAGAUAUGUCAUUUGUCCUCUCAUAGAUUAUUAAAAGUAGGUACGGGAGUAAAGUGCACACCGAUUGCUUCUUAUGCAUUUUCCGUAUUUCAAGGGUCUUGGGAUUUUUGGAAUACCUACAAAAAAGAUGUACUUUAAUGUUCAAGUUUAUUGGUUCUGAAAUUGUUUAAGGGAUAAAGAUAACAAAAACUGUUUAUUUAGUCCCACUUCAAUCCAAGAGUAAAGAACUAUGCUACAGGUAAACCUUCAUUUAUUACUGAUUUUUUAUGAAGAAUAUGAGAAACUUACUUAUUACUUGUUAUCUACGAGCUGGUUUCAAUUCUGUAAAUUCUGAACCUUACAUUUACUUAUGUACCUAGCAAUUUGUACUACAGAUCGUAUUUGUACGUCUACAAUGUACCGCUGUGACAGUAAAUGCAAGAGAAAUAUUGUAAAAAAAUGACAUGGGACCCUAAUUUAUGUACCGUCUCCUACUACUUAGUAUGCUCAAGCUUUCCAAGACUCUCGGUGAAUGCGGAAAAGCUUUUACUUUGAAUAAAGCACGAUUUGAGAAGUUGUAUGGGAUAGCUUUAAUUAGUUAAUAUUAAGAUGUAAAGUGAUCUAAAUAAGGGUAAGCUAAAGUAGUGGUGUAUAAUAAAGUUAUUUGAAUGAAUCUCAUAAUAAUAUGUUAAUAUGAAAUGCAUAUUGAAAUAUUCAUUAACAGUUAAUGUGACCACAUUCACGUAAUACAAAACAUGACAUAUUUUAAAAAGUGCGUUUAAAUGUUUUAUGUGAUAUCCGUAUCGUUAAACGCGUGCGAUCAACGUAAGGUACCGAAAUCGCAAGCAAUCAACGCUGCAUGCACAAAACAUCCGUGCGCAUUAGAACACUUCCAUAUUGUUUAUUUUUUGUUAUUGUGAUAUAGAUAUGCAAUGUAUUUUAAAAUAACAUAACAAUAUUUUAGUCCUAUUUAUGCACUAUUAAAUAAACAACAUAGACAGAGUUUAUACAAUUAUAACAAUAGUUACUGAAAAUAAAUAUGAGAUAUAAUGAUUUAAGUAAGUAAAAACUUUUGACCAUUUAUCUACUUUUCUUUUUCCUGGGCCUAAAAUUCUUGAUCAUGAAUCAGCAAAAAAUAAUGAUAUCCUUAUGUUUAAGUACCCAGGUAUGGUUGUUGCAUACGUACAGUUUUUUAAAAUAGAUUUAUUGUAAUCAACUCAUUAGAUUGUAGCUCGUAGUAUUCGUAAAUUAAGUUUAGAUUGAAUGUGAUGCAAAUUAAUGCAAUUAGUGGUUUUGAUAACUAAAGAACAACUGCUUAACCUCUUGAAAAUGAAGUACAGUCAGCUGCAGAGAAAAGGAGAUCCCCUGCCAUACAAAUUUGUGUGCAAGCGGGUCUCCUUUUCUCUGCAGCUGACUGUACACAAAAUCUGAGAUUAAGAUUACUCAACCCAGUAAUAGAUACCUAAGAGAACCUUUAAAAACAAAGACGAAUAAAUAAGGAAGUGUGCUAAUCUAUGUAUGUAAACACUUUAUCAUAUUUAUGAUAUAUUUAGUAAAAUAAAAACAUCUACAAAGGAUUUAUGUAAAAUGUGUAAAUUGAACUCGCAGUGUGUGAAUGAAUUUUUUUAUUAGUCCCAUACAUUUUGCACUACUUAUUGUUUGAUUGCCAUUAUGAGUAAGUGACUCUUCAUUGAGUAGUGAAUAUGUGAAAUGUUAUACCUAGAUACGACAUGGUAACAUGAUAGUGUGUUUGGAUGACGUUUUUGAUUUAAAAAAAAUGUAAUUUCACAGUGCACGAUUGUAAAAUGUAAUGCUGUGUUACUUUUUUGAUUAAAGAAAUUGAAUGUGCGAUAAGCUGAGUUUACACCAGCAAGUUAUUGCUGCAAGUUUUGAGAAGCAACUACGGGUAAGAGUGAGUGGCAAAUAUCUGCAUCUCUUUCUUGCAUAUACCUCUGUUUCAAAACUUGCAGCAAUAACUUGCUGGUGUAAACUCAGCUUUAGUUUUGACGGUGACAGACGAAGUUUCAUUAACGUUAAAAUAUGAUAUCCUGACUUACACAGUUUUCAAAACGUUCUGAAGAUUAGCACACUUUAUUACUUACUCCUCUUUUGAUAAUACAUUCAAUGUUUUCUUUCAAUCUAAUACCUAUUGAUAAAACAUUUAAUUUCCAUAGAAUAUACAUAGAAACUUCGUGCCAUACAUUAUUAGAUGUGUAGAGAUUUAUAGAGAACUAACAGUGUAUGUUUGUUAGGGAAGGUAAAUGUUCAAUGUUAUUUGUGAAGCUUCUACCCAAUAUACGAGCCGCAGUGUGCAUUAGAUUCCGCUAGGGUUGCUAAAGACUCAUAUUACCGAUGUAAAUUUUAAGGGCUACCAAGAAACCUAUCAAGUGUAUUGGCUUGUGACGCUCAACGUCAAGCGAUAACAGUUUACGAUACAAGUAGAAAAUUCUAGAAAAGAUGACAGCUGACAUCAAGAGAUGAUGAUUGAGAAAAUGAUUGUGAAAAAAAUACUUGCUUGUAUUUAUUUAUUUAUUACCUAUUUUU